UUGCAGGAGGAAAAGUGAGCCAAGCGGCUGGAGAUUCUGUGGCCGCUCAUCCUUCCUGGCGCAAGGCAAUUCAGCACCUCGCUCUUACUACCGGAUGGGAUAACAGUACUCCCUUCUCGAUCAGAGGACUGAUAAGGCAAGGAUUGACCCAGGAGACCCAAAAGCUAGCGGCCCUUGUCCCCGGAUUUGGCAGCUACGUUAACGACUCGAGCACUGACUAUGAACUUUGUAGAACGAACCGAAUUGGAAAGAAGCCUUCUGGGGCAGCAACUAUAACCGCCUUCUUGGUAUCAAGAAGUCCAUAG